UAGAGUUAUAUCCCUUCCGCAAUAUGGUCGAAUGAUAUUGAUAAAAAGCAGUGUGAAAGUAUUGUGUCUAUUUUUGAAGAAAAAUACCCUAUAAUGGCAGAUAAAAUGGAGGUUGACAAUCCUGGUCCUUCUGGGGGCGUAAUGGCUUCAGCUGGUGCUUCAGGAAGUGUUUCUGUUGCUCUACAUCCUCUUGUCAUCAUGAAUAUUUCGGAACAUUGGACAAGAGUCAAAGCGCAGGAAGGACAGCCAGUUCAAGUUCUUGGUGCAUUGAUUGGUAAACAGAAAGGUCGUAAUAUUGAGGUUAUGAACUCUUUUGAACUGGUUAUUGAUCAUGUUGAUGGUGGUAUUGUUAUAAACAUGGAAUAUUAUAAUACAAAAGAAGAACAGUUUAAACAAGUGUUUAGUGAUAUGGAUUUUCUGGGUUGGUAUACGACUGGUGAUACUGUCAAUGAGGCAGAUAUUAAAGUUCACAAACAGGUGUGUCAGAUAAAUGAAAGUCCACUAUUUCUAAAGAUGAACCCAAUAACAAGACAUUCAGAAUCAGUACCAUUACCUAUAUCUAUAUAUGAAUCAGUUAUUGAUUUAGUUAAUGGAGAGGCCACUAUCUUAUUUGUUGAAUUGACAUAUACAGUGGCAACAGAAGAAGCUGAAAGAAUAGGUGUAAAUCAUGUAGCUAGAAUGUCUACUAAUGAAACUGGUGAUAGUUCUUCAGUGGCCCAACAUUUAAUAGCCCAACACAGUUCUAUAAAGAUGUUACAUAGUCGAGUUAAAAUUAUAUUGGAAUAUAUCAAAGCUGUACAAGCCGGAAAAAUACCUAAAAAUCAUGAUGUUCUUCGAGAAGCUUACAGUCUGUGUUACCGGUUACCAGUUUUAAAUACUCACACAUUUAAAGAAGAUUUUUAUAAUCAAUGUAAUGAUGUUGGGUUAAUGGCAUAUCUUGGAGCAAUGACAAAAGGAUGUAAUACAAUGAACCAGUUUAUUACCAAAUUUAAUGUUUUAUAUGACAGACAAGGUAUGGGAAGAAGAAUGAGAGGGUUAUUCUUUUAGUUUAUAAAACCUAAAGACUGUUUUUUGAAUGUGAUGUAUUUUGUUUUGUAUGUUCUGUUUCUGAUUAAUGUGGCCCAUAGCAUAAAACAAGACCAUAGUUAAAGAGACCUGUACAGUGAAUCUUACUGAAAUAAUCUGUAGGUUUACUAACUUCAUUCUGCUUUAUGCAUGGACCUGUCAUUUUAUAAACAGUCCUAAGUGACAAAGAAUAUUUCUUUGUUAUGUGAAAAGAAAGAUGGAAAAAUAAUAAGAUUGUAUAUUUGUAUUAUUAUUAUAAGAGAAAUAAAAUGAAUGUCCACCAUA